AUGGUGGUAUUGAAGACACAAUUCAUCAAUCCCUUCCAUGCUGACCUUGAUAAAGAUAAGUUGUUCAAUUUGGUUUCCGGGUAUCCAGCUCCAGAGAAUGUGUGUGAAUGUCUACUUGCACUUGAAUCAAGGGGAAAGGAGCUAAUGGACGAAUUUCAGCACAGAAUUACCACAGAGUCAGCAGAAUCACCUGGAGCAGAUUUCUUUAGCCCAAUCAAGAGAGAGAAGCUCGAGACCUUCACGAAUUUGGCAGUAAAGACCAAGAUAAAGAACAAGGGAAGGAUCAAGGAACUCACAUAUCAGAGAGAUAUCUUGGGGAUGUUAGUUGCGUAUUCCAACAAGCACGAGUCAGGUAUUGAUCUUGAGAAAGUACUCUGCUUUCCUCUUGCACCCGUUUCGAUCCCGCUAUGCACACCAGAUGAAAACCGUCAAAAGCAAAUUGUACCACGCCUCCAUGAGCGACCUGACUGUUGUAAGCCACGACUCACUACCACCCGCUUCGACAAUGAGAACAUACUUGUUAGAUCUCGCCGCUGCGAUACGUAG